CGCAGAAUUCAUUAAAGAGGAGAGUGAAGACAUGAGUGUUACAGACACCAGCACAAUGAGAAAUGAAGACGCUGCGGAACAAAGAGUGGUGUGAAAAAGUGUUGGCCCCCUUCCUGAUUUCGUAUUUUUUUGCAUGUUUGUCACACUUUAGUGUUUCAGAUCAAAUCAAAUUUAAAGAUCAAACAAAUGUAAAUAUUAGUCAAAGAUAACACAAGUAAAAACAACAUGCAGUUUUUAAAUGAAGGUUUUUAUUAUUAAGGGAAAACAAAAUCCAAAGCUACAUGGAGCUGUGUGAAAAAGUGUUUGCACCCCCUGUUAAAACAUAACUGUGGUUUAUCAGACCUGACCUCAAUUUCUCUAGCCACGUCAGUCUAGAUAAGGUUUAUGUGACGAGGGAGGCGUGACGAGAGCCGUGGGAGGAGCAAGCGAGGCCGGUGAUGCGAUUGAUAAUGAGCGUCAGCUGGGCGCCACCGGCCUCGUAUCUCCCACGGAGGAGAUCGGAAGCAUAAAAGGACGAACAGAAGGAAGGAGGCGGGAACCGGCGAACAUACACACAUUUUUAAUCAAAGUAAAUAAACAAUAAAUCAGCAGUAUAAAAAGGCCACACAAACAUAAACAAAACUUAACGUAUGUUAAGCCUUUUAUGCUUCCGAUCUCCUCCGUGGGAGAUACAAGGUAUCUCCCACGGAGUAACUCGCUUGCAAUUGCGCCUCAAGUUUGUUUUGUUUAACUGGCGAUUGGGAAGGAAAAUAAGACACUUGAUAAACCGCGUGAUGACAACUCGAGGUUAGUUUCACCUUUGUUUCCGCUUCCAGUAAUGUUUUCCUCCUCAUGUCGAGUUUUCUUUGCCAAGUGCAGUAUGAAAUGGACUUUGUACUUUGACGCGCAUGAUAAAAGCUGCACGCUGACUUAAUGUUGUUGCAUUUAUUUCUGCGUUCUGUUAGAUUGUAAGAUUAAUCCAUAUUGAGUCAAAAUUCCAAUAGCUUAUCAUCGUUUUUGAAAUACAUUCUAUCGUGAUUCGAUAUGAUAUCGUUUAUCGGCACAGCCCUAGUGACGACUCAUCCAAGAGGUCACAAAAGACCCCACAACAACAUCCAAAGAACUGCAGGUCUCUCUUGCUUCAGUUAAGGUCAGUGUUCAUGACUCCACCAUAAGAAAAAGACUGGGCAAAAUUGGUCUGCAUGACAGAGUUCCAAGACGAAAACCACUGCUGAGCAAAGAGAACAAAGGCUCGUCUCUGUUUUGCCAGAAAACAUCUUGAUGAUCCCCAAGACUUUUGGGAAAAUACUCUGUGGACUGACGAGACAAAAGUUGAACUUUUUGGAAGGUGUGUGUCCCACUACGCCUGGCGUAAAAGUAACAUCGCAUUUCAGAAAAAGAACAUCAUACCAAUAGUAAAAUAUGGUGGUGGUAGUGUGAUGUCUGGGGCUGUUUUGCUUCAUCUGUUCGUGACCUCAAGAUGAAGCGAACUUGGGUUCUGCAGCAGGACAAUGAUCCAAAACACACCAGCAAGUCCACCUCUGAAUGGCUGAAGAAAAACAAAAUGAAGACUUUGGAGUGGCCUUGUCAAAGUCCUGACCUAAAUCCAAUUGAGAUGCUGUGGCAUGACCUUAAAAAGGCGGUUCAUGCUCGAAAACCCUCCAAUGUGGCUGAAUUACAACAAUUCUGCAAAAAUUCCUCCACAGCGUUGUAACAGACUCAUUGCAAGUUAUCGCAAACGCUUGAUUUCAGUUGUUGCUGCUAAGGGUGGCUGUGUUUUUCACACAAGUCCAUGUAGUUUUGGAUUUUGUUGAAUAAAACCUUCAUUUAAAAACUGCAUGUAGUGUUUACUUGUGUUAUCUCUGACUAAUAUUUAAAUUUGUUUGAUGAUCUGAAACAUUAACAUGUGACAAACAUGCAAAAAAAUAUAAAAUCAGGAAGGGGCCAACACUUUUUCACACCACUGUAUGUGCUUCUUUCGUUUCAUUUUAGAUCUAAUGGAAAUUGAAGAAACAACGGUAUCAGUAUGUCCUCAUUGUGGAAAGAGAUUGGGAAGUAAAGAGCAGCUUGUGAAGCACAUAAGAAUCCACACUGAAGAAAAGCCCUUCACCUGCCCUCAGUGUGGAAAGAGUUUCACAAGAAAAAGUGUACUCAAGACCCACAUAAGAAUUCACACUGGAGAAAAGCCGUAUGCAUGUGUUCAGUGUGGAAAGAGUUUCACAAGAAAAAGUCGUCUAGAUGUCCACAUGAGAAUUCACACUGGAGAAAAGCUGUAUGCAUGUGUUCAGUGUGGAAAGAGUUUCACAAGAAAAAGUAAUCUCAAGACCCACAUGAGAAUUCACACUGGAGAAAAGCCAUUCACAUGUGUUCAGUGUGGAAAGAGUUUCACAAACAAAUGUCAUCUAGAGAACCACAUGAGAAUUCACACUGGAGAACGGCCUUUCAACUGUCCUCAGUGUGGAAAGAGUUUCACACUAAAAGGUCAUCUCAAGACCCACAUGAGAACUCACACUGGAGAAAAGCCAUACGCAUGUCUGCUGUGUGGAAAAGGUUUUGCACAAAAAAGAAAUCUAGAGGACCACAUGAGAAUUCACACUGGAGAGUGUACAUACGCAUGUGUUCAGUGUGGAAAGAGUUUUGCAGAAAAAACAAAUCUAGAGGACCACAUAAGAAUUCACUCUGGAGAGCGUCCAUACACUUGUCUUCAGUGUGGAAGGAGCUUCCCAAGAAAAAGUAAUCUAGAUGUCCACAUGAGAAUUCACACUGGAGAAAAGCCAUUCCCAUGUCUGCUGUGUGGAAAAGGUUUAUCAGAAAAAAGAAAUCUAGAGGACCACAUGAGAAUUCACUCUGGAGAGCGUCCAUACACUUGUCUUCAGUGUGGAAAGAGUUUCCCAAGAAAAAGUUAUCUAGAGGUCCACAUGAGAACUCACACUGGAGAAAAGCCAUUCACAUGUGUUCAGUGUGGAAAGAGUUUCGCACGAAAAAGAAAUCUAGAGGAACACAUCCGAGUUCACACUGGAGAAACACCAUUCAUAUGUCUGCAGUGUGGAAAGAGUUUCACACGAAAAGGAACUCUAGAGAUCCACAUGAGAAUUCACACUGGAGAAAAGCCAUUCACAUGUGUUCAGUGUGGAAAGAGUUUUGCAAAAAAUAAAGUUCUAGAGAAACACAUGAGAGUUCAUGCUGAAGAGCGCUCAUAACAAUGGC